AUGCUCGCUCGGAUCACCGCGCCGUCGCGCGCGUGGACGCCCACGUCCCUGUUCUCGCGUCUGGUCUCCUCGCGAUGCGCGUCGUCGUCGCGAGAGGGCGCCGCGUACACGCAAAAGCGGACGUUCACCGAGCGAGACGUCGAGACAUUCGCGAGCGUCACGGGGGAUAUGAAUCCUAUUCACGACGCGCGCGCGAACGCGAGCGCGUGGACGGGUGGGAAGCUGCGCGAACCCGCGGUGCACGGGAUGCUCGUCGCGAGCGCGUUCGGGGCGGCGCUCGCGAGGUGGAAACCAGGGGCGGUGUACGCGAGUCAGGAGUUGAAAUUUCGAGCGCCGACGCGCGUGGGAGAGGAGAUGGAGAUCGAGAUAGCGUUGAUUCGUCAGAGCGGAACGCGAGCGAGAUACGAGACGACGGCGCGGAGGGUGAAGUGCGGGACGGUGUGCGUGGACGGCGUGGCGUUGGCGAUUUUACCGGAGGAGUAG